AUGCCUCGCCCAAUAGUCCCAGCGCACCAACGCCAAAGAGCAGCAGAAGCCUGCAACCUGUGUCGUGAGACGAAAAAGAGAUGCAGCGGCUCAGCGCCCUGUACGCAAUGCGUUCGUCGCGGUCUUGAGUCGCAAUGCUUCAUCACCUAUGCUCCGAGAGGGUCGAGAACAAGAGCUCGUGCUGAAGCUGCAAAGGCUGCGGCGGCGGGAUCGGUGACGACGGAGCAGAUGAGUGCGAGUUCGCAUCAGAGCAGUCAGCCGAUGGAGACGGAUGAGGGGUAUAGACCGUUGUCGCCGUCGCAUUCGCAGCAGGAUGAUGAGAAGGACAGCCAGACUGAGGCGUCGAAUCCACCGCGAAUGCUGCUCAACUCGAGAGGCGAAAGAGUUUAUAUUGGAGGUGCAGCGUCAAUCUCGUUUCUGCAGAUUGUGCGGAAUUUGGUGUCGCAGCAAAUUGGACCAUCGGCAUUUUCUCACAACGAGAAAAGCGAUACCAUGCUCGAGAUUGAAUCGCCGACAGCUACAACACAUGAUGAAACGAGCGCGAUGAGGUUAAGUCCAGACCAGAAACAGCAGUAUUUGAGGUCUUAUUACGUAGUUACCGAAGCGUUAAUCCACGUCUUUGACGCGUCGGAACUCGAAACUCUCCUCAAUCUAGACGACGACACAGGCUACUCUCCCUCUCCCAACCUCUCACCUCUCAAACAAGCCUCAGUUGACCUAGUCAUCGCAAUCGGCGCCCAAUGCGAGUCCCUCUCCAGCGCCCGAACAAUAGGCCAAGCAUAUUUCCGCCGCGCUCGCAGCCAAGCAUUCGUUGGGUUCCUCGAAGAUCCAGACCUAGACAUGGUCCGCACAUUCCUCCUCAUGGCAUUCUUCAUGCUCGGCGAGUGCAGAAGAAACGCAGCGUUUAUGUAUCUCGGAGUCGCUGCAAAAGCCGCCCUCGCUCUGGGUCUGCAUAGCAGAGAGUCUUAUGCUGCGAAGCCCGGACCGGAGGACCAGGCAAAGUUGCGGGUAUGGAUGAGCGUGUGUAUCCUUGAUAAGCUUGUUAAUUCGCUUCUCGGCCGACCAUCCGCUUCUGCCCAGAUCCGAUCGAAUAGCAGCAGUAAGCUGGAUGACGUCGCGCAAAAGGGCGAUAGCAUCACCGAGCAUUUGAUGGCGUCCAACAGAGUUUCCACAAUUAUCAACGAUAUCACAGAUACGCUUUAUGACCAGAAAAAGGUCACGACUGCCAUUGUCGAACAGUUCCUCCAAGACAUUGAACGUUGGAAACGAGAGCUUCCUGCUUCGGUCAAGAUACCCUCAGCAGAUCCCAGUCCAGGAACAGUAACGCAACAACACGGAGCUAUUGCCAAGGUUUACGUGUCGUGUCUGUAUUAUCUGGCUGUUAUGCUCGUUUCAAGACCGUUUUUGGUUUCGGCACUUACAUCCAAGGGUCUUGGAAAGGGAGCCCAUACUCAGUUGGCCGCUGCAUGUCUUGAUGCAGCGAUGUAUCUGUCGCAAACAUGUUCCGAAGCUCUCAACGCUGGGCUACUACAAGGGAACAUGUGCAUUAUGAAAGCCCUCGUCUUCGCAUCAGGACUAGUACUCGGCCUGGAGAUAUUCGCCAAAUACCCCGUUGAAUCAGACAUCAGCAACGCAUUCGAAGGCGCAAAAGACGUCCUCAGGCAUUUAGCAACUCAGAGUCCACAAGCAGCGCACUAUCUCGACAUUCUGACAACUCUGUCUGGGGCUAUUGACAAGCGACGAGCAAACGAGGCAUCUAGUGGAAGAAGCCGCUACGUCUCCAAACUGUUUAGUCUGGAUGCACCGCCUGAGACUGCAGGGUCACAGUCUGCCCAGCAGAUGCUAGAUACAAUGUUUCCAUUUACAGAUGCUCAGACAGGUCAGAUGAUGGAUGAUACGAUGCAGGAUUGGGUGUUUCAGCAACCUGAUGGUGGGGAUUUUAGUUUGGACUGGGAGACGUUGAAUGUAUCGUUAUGGGAUACGUAUCCAUUUUUAUCAUGA